GGGCAGGACAUUGCAGGAUUCAAAUAUCAACCAUCUCGCUGAAAGUCUGACCUGCGCGUCUGUUUGCACGCGAGCUACCACGAUGAGCAGCGAACCGUUCUACCUGAGAUACUACUCCGGUCACCAAGGGCGAUUCGGACACGAGUUUCUGGAGUUCGACUUCCGGGUGUUGGGAGAUGGUCGCAGUGCAUCUGCACGGUAUGCCAACAACUCCAACUACCGCAAUGACUCCCUCAUCCGAAAAGAGAUGUGCGUGAGCGAUGCUCUAGUCGCUGAGAUCAAGCGCAUCGUCAAGGAAAGCGAGAUCUUGAAGGAAGAUGACACAAAGUGGCCACAGAAGAACAAAGACGGCCGUCAAGAGCUCGAAAUAAGGCUGGGUAGCGAGCACAUCUCAUUUGAGACUGCCAAAAUCGGAUCUCUGCAAGAUGUACAAGAUUCGUCCGACCCGGAAGGGCUUCGCGUCUUCUACUACCUCGUUCAAGACCUGAAGGCUCUGGUCUUUUCGUUAAUUUCCCUGCACUUCAAGAUCAAACCCAUCUAGACAUGCGAGUGUUAUAUUGGAGGCGCCAAGUUGUGUCUUUUCGGUGGACGUUCCUCGACGCGUAUGAAUCACAAAUGCAUUCAGACCCAGCUCAUUGUAGGGUCAGGCGCCUGGAGUAUGUGGGGGCUGUCAGUCCACAAAAGGGUUCACGGAGCCAUGUGGUAGCAGGAAACGUGCAUUGAAUAUUCGAGGUGGAAAAGGACUCUGAACUCGUUGAUCAGUCCACGAUCAAUCAGCAAAUUUGAAACAAAUUGCUCGACACAAACAGUUAGCCUGUCUGCGUCCUCCACGACCU